AUGGAAACCACUCUUCCAAAAAUUCUUGUCAGCCAUCCCCCGGGUUCCAGUCCCCGCUCACAAGCCGCCCCGACGCCUGCCAGUUUUGAAGGGCAGCUCUCUCAUGUUAAUCGCCGGGCCUCACGACUAGAGGCGAGAACAGGCAUGCAGUUACGCAUUCUCCCCGUUGGAGCCUCUAUAGUCUUCGGGACAGGCUCGACAGACGGCAAUGGAUUUCGCCUUGGCCUCAAGACUGCUUUGAUCUCAUAUGGGAACGAUGUCCAGAUGCUUGGAACCCAACACGGAGGUAACAUGACGGACAACAACUGCGAUUGCUGGCCAGGCAAUCGAACCGACGAAGUCGCAGCCAAAGUACAGGCUGGGAUGUCCUCCAUCUCACCCAAGCCGAACGUUGUCCUCAUCCAUGUUGGAAGCAACGAUCUCCGCCAGAAUAAAGACCCCGCAGUCAUGGGCGAAAACCUGUCAAACUUUCUGGAUUACCUGUACCAGACAUUACCUGCGGCACUGAUCGUCGUAUCGACCCUACUCCCCAACAGCGCGAUCGAAGCCGGGGCUGUUGUCUAUAACGCAAACGUCCGCUCUAUUGUUGACGCACAAAGCCGACUAGGGAGAAACGUGUAUCUUGCAGAUGUGCACAUCCCCGAGUUGACCCCGAGCGACAUGUUCGACUAUGUCCACCCCAAUGACAUCGGAUACGCGAAAAUAGCUGGCAUCUACGCCCGCAAGAUUCAGGAAGUCAUAGGAAAAUUAGCUCCUCGUGCGUCAGCUGUCAAUCCGCCUUCCUCGACGUUGUCGUCUUCAACACCUGCCAGCGUGUACCCGAGCACAGUGACAAGCUACACAUUCUCACAGACUGCAACUCUCGGCGUGCCAUCUGGCACCUACACCGAACCAAGUCCAACACCGAAUCCCUCUCCCACCGCGGAACCGACAUAUGCGAUGGCCUCCGGUAACGGCACCCUCAGCAUGGUAAAUGUGACAACUACCGCACUCCCAAAUCCCGUGCAGUAUGUCGCAAAAGGAGGAUCGACCUCUCUUUACCAGCGACUCAGUCCUCUCGAAAGAUUCCUCGUGCAAUUGGUUGGGAUGACAAUGGCAUAUGCCAUAGCGCUAUAG